AGCAGUGAAGAUGACUGUCAGCGUGAAGAAAGAGGAGCUAUCCGAGGAACAGCUUCCGCCUCAGGAAUUGCAUCAUCUACGAGAAAUAUCCGUACCAGCCCAACCAGAACCCUUUUAUCAAAAUUAUCAAUAUGAUGUUCCUAUUGCUAUUGAUAUCGGGACCUCGCUUGUUCGUGCUGGGUUGACAAACUCUCCGGAGCCAAAUAAUGUAUUCCCAUCAGUUUUGGCUCGUUAUAGAGAUAGAAAAGCCUUGAAAACAUUGACUCUUGUUGGACAUGAUGUUUACAGAGAUCUGGCACUAAAAUCUUCGAUAAAGGCUCCAUUCGAUGGUCCAUUGAUAACAAAUUGGGAUUAUAUUGAAUUCAUGCUUGAUUAUAGUUUUGAACAUUUAGGUGCUUACUCGGAUAAUGGACGUUUAAAUAAUCCGAUUAUUAUGACAGAACCGGUUGCCUGUCCUUUUGCCCAAAGAAAGACGAUGUAUGAACUCUUAUACGAAGCUUACCAGGUUCCUAAAACAACUUUCGGUAUUGACUCUUUGUUUUCAUACUAUGCAAAUACCCCCAAUUUUAGCAGUGCGUCUAAUGGGUUAGUAAUUGGCGCUGGUAAUGAACUGACCCAUGUAAUCCCGGUCUUAGAAGGAAAAGGUAUACUUCUGCAAACAAAAAGAAUAGAUUGGGGUGGUAAUCAAUCUCAACAGUUUUUACAAAAAUUAAUUGGCUUGAAAUAUCCGUAUUUUCCUUCCAAGUUGACCAAUACUCAUACUACGCAUUUAUUUCAAGACCAUUGCUACAUACUGAAAGACUAUCAAGAAGAAUUAUCUAACUAUUUGAACAUGGACUUCUUAGAAACAAAAGACGUGGUUGUUCAAGCUGCUGUGGACAUUGCAGUUAAUCCAGAAAAAAAGAAAACCGAGGAAGAACUAGCUUUACAAGCUCAAAAGAGAAAAGAACAAGGUAAAAGAUUACAAGAGCAAGCUCAACAGAAAAGAUUAGAAAAACUUCUUCAGAAAGAACAAGAAUUUCAAUAUUAUACCAAUUUAAGUAUUGAAUUAGAAGGAUGGUCAAAGACUGAUAUUCAACGUAGAAUGGAAGAUGAAGAAUUUGAAGAUUAUGAUGAUUUCAAAAAAUAUGUGGCCAAUUUGGAGAAGUCUAUCAAAAAAGGCCGCCAUGAAGAUAUCAGUGAAAAUCAAAAUGAAGAGAUAGAUCCAAACACAGCCUAUCCGUUGGCAGAAGUUCCUGAUGAUCAAUUAACUGAGGAUUUGAUCAAAGAAAAGAGGAAACAAAAGUUACUUAAAGCCAACUUCGAAGCUCGUCAACGUGCAAAAGAAGCCAAAAAAGAAGAAGAAGAACUCAAGGCUAAAUACGAGAGGGAAGAUCAAGAAUGGCGAGACCGUGAUUUGGAUGAUUGGUGUUCAGUUAAAAGGGUUCAGUUAGCCGAACUUAUUGCCAAAAUAAGAGAUCGUGAAAAAAUUUUGGAGUCUUUCAAAGAUCGAAAAUCAAUGGCUGCUCAACAGAGAAUGAAAAACAUUGCUGAUUUGGCAAAUGAUGAAACUGGUUCUACUGCUGCUGCCUCUCGUAAAAGACGUCGUAAUGCAAAUGCCACUAUUGAUAAUGAUCCUAACGAUACAUUUGGUGCCAAUGAUGAUGAUUGGAAUGCUUACAGAGAUAUAACGAACGUCAGCCUUGAAGAACAACAGGCCGAUGACAAUGAAAAUGUUUUAAAAAUUGAAGAAGAAUUAUUGAAAUAUGAUCCAAAUUUUAAUCAUGAAGACACCCUUGCUGCUUCCCAAAAGUUUGAUUGGGAAAAUUCUGUUUUGCAUAAAUUUCUUCAUGGUCCUCGUCAAAACAUUACUCUUGCUAUGCAGGCUGAAGGACAUGAUGCAGAAGAAAUAGCUAAUCAUCCCGAAAUCAUAAAGAAAAAUCAUCAAAUUCAUUUGAAUGUUGAAAGAAUACGUAUUCCUGAAGUUCUCUUUCAACCUAACAUCGCUGGUCUUGACCAAGCAGGUUUAGGGGAAUUGCUGGAUGACUUGGUUCAUAGAAGACUUGAUGGUAGCUUCAGCCCUGGUGGUCAAUCAUAUAAUGUUAUUCAAGAUGUUUUUAUAACGGGUGGUCUCUCUCAACUACCAAAUUUCACUGACAGGAUUGUUAAUGACUUCACUAGCUUUUUACCUGUCGGCACUCCAUUGAGGGUCAGAAAGGCAAAUAAUCCAACCAUUGACCCAUGGAAAGGUAUGCAAAAAUGGGCAUCCAAUCCAGAAAACCAGAAGCAUUUUGUCACUAAAGAAGAAUAUGAAGAGAUGGGACCUGAAUAUAUCAAAGAGCAUGGUUUGGGUAAUGUCUGCUUGAGGUAAACUACUUAGUAACUCAAAUGAGUUGAAAGAAAAUUGUAAUAUUAUGUCUGAUAUACUUAAUCUAUAUUUUAAUUUGAAAAUGGAAAUAAAAGCUUACAAAAUAUGUAUAAUAUACAAGAAA